AUGCAGCAGUGGCCAGUGCUGCUCUUCCUAGCCUGGGUCUGCUUUCUCUUUUUUGCUGGUAUCAGGCUCUUCAUGAGUGGCUUCCUGCUCACCCAGAUUGAGCUUGCCAACAGCAGUUCCUGCUCAGACCCACUCACACCGCCACCGUGGGAGAGGCAGAGCCUCCUGCUGGGCUCCUGUUGGGCACCACGGCGCUUUUCCAUGGCCAUGCUUGUCAUCAUCGAUGCCCUCCGUUUUGAGUUUGCCUGGUUUAACCCAGCCAAGGUCAGCCUACUGCUCUAUGAGAACAAGCUGAGUUUCCUGCACCACCUCGCAAUCUCCCAGCCCCACCAUGCCUGCCUCUACCGCUUCCAAGCCGAUCCCCCACUGCCACCAUGCAGCACAUCACAUUUUUGCCUUCUCUUUUCUGCAUAUGAAAACCCAUCAGCACUGUGUUUAAAGUCAGAUGGGCUCCCUGCUCUCAUUAAUUCCUUUCUUGCUGCCUCAGGAAGGAGAAUGGUCUUCAUGGGUGAUGACACUUGGGAAGGGCUCUUCCCGAAUGUUUUUUUCCGCUCGUAUUUCUUCCCUUCUUUUAACGUGAAGGAUCUUCACACUGUGGACGAUGGGAUCCUGCAGCAUCUCGAUCCAACUGUGGACAGUGGUGAAUGGGACGUGCUGAUUGCUCACUUCCUCGGCACGGACCACUGUGGGCACAAACACGGACCUGAUCAUCCCGAAAUGGCUAAGAAGCUCACCCAAAUGAAUGAGAUGCUCAGGUCCUUGGUGGAUCACCUGGGGAAUGACACCCUUCUUCUGGUGGCUGGGGACCACGGCAUGACAGAGACCGGAGACCAUGGCAGCGACAGUGAGAAGGAAGUGAAUGCAGUGCUGUUUGUAUACAGCAAAACACCCCUCUUUGGCACUGGCCCUCCUGAGGAGCCUGAGGCCAUUCCCCAGGUGAACCUGGUGCCCACUGUGGCCCUGCUGCUGGGUGUGCCCAUCCCCUACAGUAACAUCGGGGAGGUGAUGGCUGAGCUUUUCUCUGAGGAUGGCAAUGCUGUGUCUGCAGCCUUGCAGCAGCUCUCGGUCUAUCACAUCAACGCCAAGCAGGUGGACCACUUCCUGCACUCCUACUCACUGGUGGCUCAUGACCUGCCAGCAGAGCAGCUCCAGCGCUUGCAGGAGCUCUUCUCCAGUGCCGUGGAGGAGCACAAUCAGCUCUUGGCCCAGGUGCAGGGGGCGACGCUGGUGCCUCCAGAGCUGGAGUCCAGGCUGGGAAGCCUCAUCGGUUGCUUCCAGCUCUACCUGCGGGAGGCACAAGCUGUGUGCACCCAGUCCUGGGCCCACUUCCAUCCCCUGUGUAUGGUGGGGGGCUGCACCCUCAUUGCCGCUUCCUGCUUGCUCUGCUACAUGGCCUCAGAGCUGGCCACAGCCUCUCACUGUCGGGAAAAUCAGUUCCUCUUUGAGUCGCUGGGCUUUGUGGUGAGCAGCAUGUGCCUCCUGCUGGGGAUCUCCCUGGUGAUGCGUGUGGACUGUGCCAUCAGCACCUGGUUCAGCCAGCUUCAGCUCAGGUAG